GAGGGAACGACUAACGUCCAAAACUGCCAAAUUAAGUGACUGGCUUGCACCGGCGCUUCACUUUCAGCUCGACAAUGGCGACCCUUCUUCUUCCUCGGCCCCUCGCCGACGUCUCCUCCUCCGGCCACUUCCCCUCUCGCCGGAGCCCCAGCCAUCUCCUUCCUCUCACCGGCCUCGCGGCCCGCUCUCGCCGGAGGACCUGCUCUUCCAGACCUCUCACCGCGCGGUUCGCCCUGACGGAGUCGGAUUCCCCGCAGUCAAUCGGAUCCAACUCCGGUUCGCUCCUCCGAGAACUCGCCGAGAGCUUCGACCUUCCUUUGGAUUACUUUGCUCAGCUUCCGAGCGACCUUCGCUUGGAUCUGAAUGAUGCGGCUUUUGACCUUUCAAGUGGGCCAGUUGUUGAUGAGUGUGGUGAAGAACUUGGAGAAAUAUUGUUAAACCUGUCGAAAUCGUGGGAGCAGGCUGAUACUUCGACAUCUACGACUUUGGCAAGCAAACUCCCUCUGCUAGAGAGCUCUUUGACUGAUAAUGCGAAAUCAGCAUUGGGGAAGCGCUUAUUAUCCUCUGGAAGGAGGUUCCAGUCCAUGGGACAGUAUGGUCAAGGAGAACUUGACAAGAUUGCAAAGACAAUGAUUGCAACUGGAAAGCGUUUGGCUGCAACCCAAGUAUCUGCUGCAACGGUUGAAGAACCUAAGGAGGAAGCCCGAACUUUUAAGUUUGGAGAACUUCAGGUAGAAAUAACAUCUGAUAAAGCCAACAUUGGGGCUGCUAUUGGUCUUGCAUUUGGAAUUCUUUCAUGGCAACUAGCUCAAGGUGUUCAAAACAUCCCAGAGAGCUCUUUGCAGUAUGCAAAUGAUAAUGCUUUGCUGCUGGCCAAGUCUCUAAGGGGUGCUCUACUUGCGAUGGGCUACUCAUCAGCUAUCUUGUCUGCAGUUGCAUCCUUUGGUCUUAUUUUACUUGCAAGACGUCUUAAAUCUGGGGAUAAGUGAGAUUGUCGUAGUUUUGUCUAAGUUUUGCCUGUGGACAGCCAUUAAUUUGUGGAAGAGCUGAACUUGACCGAAAAUGUAUUCCGAUUGUGGGCAUGAAUCCAUCAGUAAUUGAUAUAUACUGAUAGAAUAUAUCAUUAUGUACGUGAACAUUUCUGGCAUGGAGAAUGCUUCUCGGCAUGUUCCCUGUUGCCCCAUAAUUGGACAAGCUGAUUUGAUUUAUUGCA